AUGCUGGGACAAGCCAUGAUCCAGGGGGAGAGGGUCCCCCAACUGGGUCGGAGUGGCAAAUAUAGUGCAGUGUCCAAUCCAGUGGGUUCCAACCAACAACCCAGGCUCUUCAUUGGUUCUAUUAAAGUAAAGGUCGAUGUUUUUCUCUUGUAUUGCUUUCUAAUCUUUACAGUGGUAACAGGAGCAACAGAUGGGAUCGGGAAGGCCUACGCCGAGGAGUUGGCCAAACGGGACUUCAAUGUCAUCCUUAUAAGUCGGACUCUAGAGAAGCUGAAAAAUGUUGCAAAGGGCAUAGAACAACAGACCAGACGGAAAACCAAAGUAAUCCAGCUGGAUUUCACAGGAGGACCUGAAAUUUACCCCAAGGUGGAGCAAGAGUUGAAGAAUAUGGACAUUGGCAUCCUUGUCAAUAACGUUGGGAUUAUGUACAAUGAUGAAGGCCGGUUUCUAGAGGUGUCAGAUUUCAGUGAGGUGAGUGUGAUGGAUGGCGGUAGAUUUCCAACCUGUGCAAAACCUACAACACCCAGCAUGCUCUGCCAGCCUCAGGACAACAACGGGAAUCACAUAUCUGAGCAGAUGGAGCUUUUUCUACCUCAGUGGAUCAGUCACCUGGGGCACCUGGUUCUCUCCUACCUGGUCCUCAAACAAUUAUGGAAAGUCCUAAACGGAAUCAGAGUUCAUAUCAUCUCCAGGGUGUGGAGGACUGACCUGAAAAAGUAUGGCGGCUGGGCAGUGGUAACAGGAGCAACAGAUGGAAUUGGAAAGGCCUACGUUGAGGAGUUGGCCAAAAGGGGCUUUGAUGUCGUCCUUAUCAGUCGGACUCUGGAGAAGCUGAAAAAUGUUGCAAAGGGAAUAGAGCAGCAGACGGGACGGAAGACCAAAGUCAUCCAGCUGGAUUUCUCAGGAGGACCCGAAAUUUACCCCAAGGUGGAGCAGGAGUUGAAGGAUCUGGACAUUGGCAUCCUUGUCAACAAUGUUGGGAUGACCUACAGUGAGGUCCCUGUCACGCUUCUUAGUGUGCCUGAUGCCAACGAGAGGAUACCAGCCAUUAUGAACUGCAAUGUGACGUCAGCCGUUCAAAUGACCAAGAUUGUGCUUUCAAAAAUGAUACAGAGGAAGAAAGGUCUGAUAAUCAAUAUCUCCUCUGAGAUCGGUAGCCACCCUUUCCCGAUGAUGACUAUGUACAGUUCCACCAAGGUUUUCCUGGAUUAUUUUUCCCGAGCUCUGAAUACAGAAUAUAAAUCAAAAGGGAUUACAGUGCAGUCCGUGAUGCCCCUGGCAGUUUCUACCAACAUGACCAGACGAUUAAAGAGCAAUAUUUUCGUGAAGACCGCCAAUGACUUUGCGCGGGAGGCUCUGAACACUGUUGGAUACACCCACCGGACCAAUGGCUGCCUCUCCCACGCAAUUCAGAGUUACUUUCUUCAGCUCAUCGUAUCGGACUCCUUCCUGGGCUCCAGAAUGAUGGCAAGCGUCACUAGGAAAAUCCGGAAGUCGGCCAUGGAAAGAGCAAGACGAAAACAGCAAUAGCCUGGAGAGGAAGGACGAUCCGUA